AUGAUACCUUCGCAGUUGGAUAACCAAUUCGCCCACGACGAGAGAGAGAUGAUGGAAAAGUGGGAUUCGGUACGGCGCAGUCGUGCUUGGAGUCAUCACCGUCGUGCUGUGUGUGCAGUGCUGGACAAGCGCCAUUGGUGGCAGACUCAACUUGCCGGUGAUGAACGUGACAUUCGGCAGGUAGUGGUGGCGAAGAGCCCGUGGGAAGACGAGAACAAGAUCUGGCAGUGGCCUCGCACUGAAAGUGACAACCAGAAGAACCACGAUCAAGUCUCCUCGAUCGCUGCGUGGCCUUCAACGGAGAUUCAGCGCUUCCUGGUCGGUAACAAGAGCUUGGAGGAGCCAGCCAACCAGCCGAUUGCUGACGAUGAAGCAUCGGAAUGGUGGCGAGCUCAUUGUACACAGUCACACUUGGCUAUCAACGGAGCAUUGCUGAUAGAGAAGCCAUACAGUGCUGAGUUCAGCAGCAACGUCACCGACGAAGGUGACGUUCUCCCGGUCUGUACAGCCGAAGUGGUGGCCAACCAUGAUUUGUACAGACUGCAGCAACGAGCUAAGCUUGAUGCACGAACGAGGAGUCUCGAACAGGAUGUCGAGCAGCGAAUCAAGGGUUUGGUCACUCGAGUCGAGCGCCAAGUUCAUGAGAUGGAAGUUCAAGUCGAAGCCAACACGCAGUUGGUCCUUGAGAUUGAGCAACGAAAGGUGGAGCGUCGAGCGCGGGUUACACGCGAGCAGCAAUCUGCGAUGACAAUUCAACGCUAUGCGCGCGGUAUGCAGGGGCGAAAACAUGCACGCGAAGUGCGUGCCGAGUUCUUCGUAAUGGUGCGUGGGCGUGCCAUUCGUCGCGGCAGAUGCGAGGAGUGUGGCGACCAGCGCGCUGUUCUGGAGUGUCAGCAACCCACGUGGCGAUACCAAUGA